CUAGCAAUACCACAUUUUCUUUCACAUAUUCGGAGUGUUAUUUGGACACGUAACCUUGAAAAUGGCCUUAUAAGCAGAUCGAAUCCUACAAACUGUUUCUAUUCUUAUACACAAAAAAUCGACCCAGAAAUCUCAUGAUAAAGUUCUGCAACAACUCUUGGAAUUAGAAAAAAAUGGCAGAUAGUUCAGUAUCGUUUUUACUGGAAAAGCUGAAUGCUUUGCUUCAAGAAGAAGUGAAUCUGCAGAGGGGGGUUCGGGAAGAUGUUCAGUACAUCAAAUAUGAGCUUGAACGUCACAAAGCCAUCUUAAGGGUGGCUGAUGCUAUGGAGGACAGAGACCCUGAACUCAAAGCAUGGGUCAAAGGAGUGAGAGAUGUUGCUCAUGACAUGGAAGAUGCCAUAGAUGAAUUCAACCUUCGCCUUGUUGAUCAACAUGGACAAGGCAACGGUUCUUCUCUUCAUAGGUUUAUUUUCGGCCUUAAGACCAUGAGAGCUCGGCGUAGAAUUGCUUUAGAUAUGCAAAGUAUCAAAUCCAAAGUGAACGUUAUAUCCCAGGGACGACCAGAGUUACCUGGCAUAGGCUCCAGGUCAAGUCAACGGCUUUCUUCAAGGCUUGAUAGCCAAGGAGAUGCACUUCUGCUUGAAGAAGCUGAUCUGGUGGGUAUUGACAAACCCAAGAGGCAGCUUUGUGAUUUGCUUUUCAAUGAAGAACCAGGGAGGGCUGUGAUUCCAAUCUAUGGAAUGGGAGGGUUGGGAAAAACCACCUUGGCAAAACAGGUCUAUGAUGAUCCAAAAGUGAAGAAGCGUUUUAGGAUUCAUGCUUGGAUUAACGUUUCUCAGUCUUUUAAGCUACAAGAGCUCCUUAAAGACCUGGUUCAACAGCUGCAUAAUGUCAUUGGAAAACCAGCUCCGGAAGCAGUUGGGCAAAUGAAAAGUGAGGAGCUCAAAGAGUUGAUCAAGAACUUGCUUCAAAGUAGUAGGUACCUCAUUGUGCUGGAUGAUGUGUGGCAUGUAAAGGUAUGGGAUUCUGUUAAACUUGCUUUGCCUAGUAGCAACCGUGGAAGUAGAGUGAUGAUUACUACGCGCAAAAAAGAUAUAGCUUUGUAUUCUUGUGCUGAACUGGGUAAGGAUUUUGUCCAUGAAUUCUUACCUGAGGAAGAAGCUUGGUAUCUUUUCUGCAAGAAAACAUUUCAGGGUAACUCAUGUCCUCCUCAUCUGGAGGAGGUUUGCAGAAAGAUCUUAAAAAUGUGUGGUGGGUUGCCACUAGCAAUUGUGGCAAUUGGUGGUGCUUUGGCUACCAGAGAGAGGGCAAACAUUGAAGAGUGGCAGAUGGUUUGCAGAAGUUUUGGGUCUGAAAUUGAAGGCAAUGACAAACUGGAGGAUAUGAAGAAAGUACUUUCCCUCAGUUUCAAUGAGUUGCCUUACUAUCUUAAAUCCUGUUUGUUGUAUCUAACCAUCUUCCCUGAGUUUCAUGCUAUUGAGCACAUGAGACUGAUUCGCUUGUGGAUUGCUGAAGGUUUUGUGAAUGGUGAAGAUGGAAGGACAAGGGAGGAAGUUGCAGACAGUUACCUCAAGGAGCUCUUGGACAGAAGUCUGCUGCAAGUUGUUUCAAAAACCAGUGAUGGCAGAAUGAAGACUUGUCGCAUGCAUGAUCUUCUACGGGAGAUUGUGAAUUUGAAGGCAAAAGAUCAAAACUUUGCGACAAUAGCCAAAGAUCAAGACAUAAUCUGGCCAGACAAAGUUCGACGCCUAUCAAUAAUAAAUACAUUGGAUAAUGUGCGACAAAAUAGAGCUUCAUUCCAACUACGGUCUCUGCUAAUGUUUGACUUAUCAGAUCCACUGGAGCAUUUUUCAAUACGUGGAUUAUGUUUCACUGGUUAUAAGUUAAUCAGGGUGUUAGAUUUGCAGGAUGCACCACUGGAGGUUUUUCCUGCUGAAAUUGUCAACCUUUACCUUCUCAAGUAUCUGAGUCUGAAGAAUACAAAGGUGAAAAGCAUUCCAGGUACCAUUAAGAAGCUGCAGCAGCUAGAGACACUGGAUCUUAAACAAUCCCUUGUCACUGUACUACCAGUUGAAAUUGUGGAGCUGCAACAAUUACGACAUCUUUUGGUGUAUCGCUAUGAGAUUGAAUCUUAUGCUUAUUUCCAUUCAAGGCACGGCUUCAAGGUGGCUGCCCCUAUAGGACUCAUGAGAUCUUUGCAAAAGCUAUGUUUUAUAGAGGCAGACCAGGCUUUGAUGGUUGAGCUAGGAAAACUCACUCAACUCAGAAGGCUUGGCAUCAGAAAGAUGAGGCAACAAGAUGGUGCUGCUUUAAGUUUAUCCAUUGAGAAGAUGAUCAAUCUCCGCUCACUGUCCAUCACAGCAAUUGAAAAACAUGAGAUAAUUGAUAUUCACAACAUUUUCAGGCCUCCUCCUUAUCUCCACCAGUUAUACUUGAGUGGCCGUUUAGACAUUUUCCCCCGCUGGAUAAGUUCUAUGAAGAAUUUGGUCAGAGUGUUUCUGAAAUGGAGCAGGCUAACAGAAGAUCCUCUGGUACACCUUCAAGAUUUGCCAAAUCUAAGACAUCUGGAAUUUCUUCAAGUUUAUGUAGGUGAGACAUUGAAUUUCAAGGCUAAAGGGUUUCCCAGUCUGAAGGUGUUAGGCCUUGAUGAUUUAAAUGAACUCAAAUCUAUGACUGUGGAGGAGGGAGCAAUGCCUGGUCUUAAAAGGCUCAUCAUCCAACGCUGUGGUUCACUGAAGCAGCUACCCUUUGGCAUUGAACAUCUAACGAAACUAAAAUCAAUUGAGUUUUUUGACAUGCCUGAAGAAUUGAUCACAAGACUGCAUCCAAAAGGAGGUCAAGAAGAUUAUUUGAGAGCUAAAAAUGUACCAGCAGUUUAUUCCUCAUAUUGGAGGGAUGGAGGUUGGGAUGUGUACUCAUUGGAGACUCUAGAGGAGCGAGAGACUGAUUUCAGUCGCAGUACUGCAAUGAGAAGUCUUGAAAAUUGCCCUCUCUGGAAGGCUUAACUCUCAUUUUUUCUAUUCUAACAUGCAUAUGCGAGUGAUGACAAGUUUUUGUUUCACAUCUGCUUGCAUAUGCUAGUGAAUUCAGUCUUUCAUUUCUGCAGUCAUUUCACUGCAAAUUCUUAAACUUUCUACCAAUAAUUCAGGGAGCAUUAUCUGUUUCUUCAACAUGUAUUCUGAGGUUAAUGAAUAAAAUAAGGUA